GCUCCGGCGGGAACGCGCACCAGUCCGGGGUGUCCCGAGAGAAACGUGUGUCGGGGACGCGCCCUGAAUUGAGAGUGAACGGGGAGUGAACCGAACCACCGCCUCACUGCAGCUCCACACACCGGACUUAUCACACCUCCUCCUCUUCCUCCUCUUCCUCCUCCUCCUAACACAAACAACUCGGAUGAGUAUUUAACUCAAACCUUCAUUUUUUGGAAACACUGAAUCUUUUUUUUGUUUGUUUGUGCGCCAAACUGAUCCACAGUGAUGUUGCAGUGAAUGAAACGGUGCGUAAAACUGGUGAUCGACGCUCCAAACAAAUAAAUAAAUAAAUAAAUAAGAAGAUUUGGCGCGUUAAAUUCAGUCUGACUGGAUGUUUUUCUCAGUCUGAGAUUUAGUGACACUGACCUGACGUGUUUCCGUACUGAUGAUGACCCGCAGAUGAAGUGACAGCAGCAGUUCAGGUGGGCUUCACCCUCCGCUGGAUGAGAUGUCCUUUACGCACCGGCUCGCUCUGCUUCUGCUCGGCUUCACCCUCAUCCACACGGUUAAUGGAAAGUUUCCUCACUGCCAGUUCAUCUGGGAGAUGCAGAGAGCCAAGAAUGACUGUCUGACACAACUGAAGCUACAGAAUAGCACAGGAUGCCGCGGCGAGUGGGACAACGUCUUUUGUUGGCGGAACGCAGAAGUCAACGAGGUGAUAACCCUCCCCUGCCCCUCCCCCGUCCAACUCUUGUUUGGAAAGAAUGGUCACCUCAGCAGGAACUGUACAGAGCGAGGUUGGUCGGAUGUUUACCCCGUCGUCAACCUCGUCUGCUGGUCAAACAUCACAGAUGAACCCAACGAGCUGGUCUUCUACAGGGUGGUAAAGAUUCUGUCUACUCUGGGUCACAGCUUGUCCUUCAUCACUCUGCUCACCAGCACCAUCAUCAUCUGUUUGUUCAGGAGGCUCCAUUGCACGAGGAACUACAUCCAUCUGAACUUGUUUGUGUCGUUCAUGCUGCGAGCCGUGACCGUGCUGACUAAAGACACUCUGCUCUUCUCAGACGACUUCCCCGAUGAAGAAAACACAGACUGCGGCACUCAACCCUCACUGGUGGGCUGUAAAGCCAGUCUGGUGUUCUUCAACUGCUUCGUCAUGGCCAACUUCUUCUGGUUGUUGGUGGAGGGUCUCUACCUGCACACGCUGCUGCUCGUCAUCCACAACUACUCCAUCCGCCUGUCCAUGUACAUGCUCAUCGGCUGGGGAAUCCCUUUUGUAUUCACGGUGGCCUGGGUUAUAUGUAGGAUAAAGCUCGAGGACACAAGGUGUUGGGAGACCAACGACGACCCCGUCCCCGUCAGACUGCUAAACUGGCCCAUCAUGGCGUCUGUCAUUAUUAACUUCAUUCUGUUCAUCAGUAUCAUCCGCAUCCUGGUGCAGAAACUGCGCUGCACUGAUGUUGGAGGAAACGAGCAAUCACAAUACAGGCGUCUGGCGAAGUCAACCCUCCUGCUGAUUCCUCUGUUUGGGGUGAACUACGUGGUGUUUGUCUACAUGAUGGAGCCGACUGAUAACAACAUGAGACACAUCAAGAUCUUCUUUGACCUCGGCCUCGGAUCCUUCCAGGGUCUAAUCGUGGCGGUCCUCUACUGUUUCCUCAACAGCGAGGUCCAGAGUGAGCUGAGGAGGACGUGGAGGAGUCUGUCUCUCAAGCGUUACGUGGGGCGGGACUACAGGCAGCACACCCUGUCACUCAGCCGAAACGGCGCCGAAAACUCCUCCCAGUCCCCCCGAAAAUCCCGAGCCCAGUCCAUCCUGCAGACCGAGACCGUCGUGAUCUGACCAUAACACAGAACUGCGGCUCGUAUUCAGAGCGACUCAGAAUGCAGAAGUCUAACUCAAGGACACUUUUACAGAACAUAUCAUUUGCUUCUGCAGGGACUGAGUUUCUGAGGUGAAGGAACUCUUAUUGAAGACGUAUUAUCACACUGGUUCCCAACAUCUCUCAACUCCAAACCAUCCACACAUGAAACAGUGCCUGCAAUAUCAUGCAGAAUGGAAACUUCUCCAAUUACAAGAACAUUUUUUUUUCUGUUUGGACUAUUUCACAUGAUCAAACAUCAUAAAAACAACCUACAGGCUGAAAAUGAAGGCUUAACUUCCAAAAAUACAUCAGUUUUGGAGGUAAAAAGACAACUAUUAACUUUAAUAGUAAGUUCAUGCCUGCAUCAAACCACAAUGAAGCUUAAAAACAGGACACAAAAAUGAUAUAUUAGUAAUAUGUUAUUUGAUCUUAUUGAUAACCAAAGAAAUUACAGCAUGAGGUGGAGAAUCACUGAAUUUGACAAUCAUGAAGUUAUUUUUUUAAAUGAUAUGAUGCAGACUUGGCAGAUCUGUUUAUGUUUGAUGUAAACGACCAGCUGGGAAACUCGUCAGCCUCCUGGAGCUCCGUAUAGGAAACACAUGAGAUCAUUCAAAAUGAAUUGUGAUCCCUGGUUUCAUACUGGUAGUGACCAGUUCAACCAAAACUUUACUUUUUUCCCUUGUUACUAUAUAGCCAAAACUGGUAAAAUUAUCCAGUAAUUCACUAGAAAAAAAACAACAAAUAUUUGAAGAAAAUUCUGAAAAUAUUAAAUGUAAUAUUGUGUAUCAGAAAUAUGUUUAUCUGCUUUCCUUUCCUGUUAAUCAUCUCAAGACCCCUCAGAUUUACCCGAGCCUCCCUACUGUCCUAAUGGGAUGAUAAAGCUUCAUCUGGGAGUUCAGGAAAUAUAUAUAUAUAUAUAUAUAUAUAUAUAUAUAUAUAUAUAUAUAUAUAUUACUGUAGCUCAUGUGAAUCUUGAUGGUCCAUUUGAUUGUUUAUGUUAUUUUUCAUGUGUAGCGGUUGUUGCCAAAGUCAGAAAUCAACCACUAUGUGACUCUGAAAGGCGAUAGUUCUGUAUUUCUGAUUUAAUCUGCCUUCAAUUUCACUGUUUCCGGCUAUAAUUUCACUUGAGAGGGUGGAAAAGCAUCUGAAACUCGUCUAUACCUGAGUGGGACGAAAUUAUUUGAAAUCCUUCUUAUCACAACUGCCGUUAAAUUAAAUAAACGACUGAAUGAAAAUGGGUGGGAAAUAACGUUUCCUGGCAGGUUUUCCAGACUUUUCCGAGGGAGGACUCUGUAUAAUAUGUGAAAUUCAGUUAAAAGAAUCAUAUCAGCUAACAGACACAUCAGCGUAACAGAACAUGUACAGAACACUGGACUUUAUCCAAAAUGGCACAAACAGGGUUUCAGUUCUACUCAAAACAGCCAAAAAUAAAACAUUAUUACCUUGUACAGAGACUGACUGUUAUGUAUUUUAUGUGUUUUUUUUAUACAGUCGAGUGUAUUAAACGCUGGUUGUGUACAUGCACACGAGGUCGAGACUGAGCAUCGAUGUCAUCUGUAAACUUUUGACCACAACUGUAAACCUGUGACUCCACAUAUG